UCACUGAUCGGUAUAUUUGCGUCUCCUUGUGUUAUAUAUAAGUGAAAAUUAGCGAUAUAAAAACCUUUGACAUGAAAUUCCCAAAUAUAAGCAUAAAGACCAAAUUGUAUAAAAAACAACGUAUCAAAUCCGCCGAGCCCAGUUUGCGGAUCAAUACACAAGCAGUGCUUUCAACGGGGCUUGUGAUUUCCUAAAUGGAUCUCACUAACACAUUCAGAUUAGUGGAUCCUUUGUAAACACAGCAGGAUGGUUCUCCAUGCACUUAAGCAACAGCUUCUAAAAAGCAGCUGUGCCUUUGGAAGCUGGGCCAGACUGAUGCAGACACAGAGCAGUGGCUGUGUUUACUCCAGCACCCAUGACUUCAACCCAAAGGAGGUCAGAGAGAAACUGCAGGCCUUUCCUGGAGGCUCCAUUGAUCUGCUCAAACAGGACUGUGGCAUUGCUAUACUCACCAUCAACAAUCCCUCCCGCAUGAAUGCCUUCUCUGGCAGCAUGAUGGUGCAGCUGGAGGAAAAGGUGAGCCUGUUGGAGAACUGGUCAGAUGGCAAAGGGCUCAUUGUUCAUGGCGCCGAGGGAACAUUCUGCUCUGGGUCAGACCUAAACGCUGUGAGAGCAAUAUCCAAUCCACAGGAUGGGAUGAAAAUGUGUAUGUUCAUGCAGAACACUCUUACAAGACUCCUCAGGCUGCCUCUGAUUUCUGUUGCUCUGGUGGAAGGGAAGGCACUGGGAGGAGGCGCUGAACUCACCACUGCCUGUGAUUUCAGAAUAAUGGCAUCUGAUGGUGUGAUCCAGUUUGUCCAUAGACAUAUGGGCCUGGUCCCGGGCUGGGGCGGAGCUGCGCGACUUGUCCGGAUAGUUGGAAGCCAGAACGCACUGAAGCUGCUUGGUGGUGCCGUAAAAGUGGACCUUGAAUUUGGCCUGCAGAUUGGUUUGGUAGAUGGAGCCCUGGAGGCCCCCCAGGCACAGGACAGUGCAGACACUCUCUUAGAGCAGGCUGAAUGCUGGCUGAGUCGCUACACUAAAGGACCUACGCCUGUGAUCCAGGCUGUAAAGAGGGUGGUGCUCUCAGGGAGAGAGCUCCCUCUGUCUGACGCUCUGAGGACUGAGAAGGAUGUAUUUGGGACGCUGUGGGGUGGUCCGGCUAAUCUGCAGGCCCUGGCCAGCAAGUCCAAACACAAUUGACACAGUUAAAGUGUCUCUGUAUGCAUCCUAUCGUUUCAGCAGAUCAUUGCAUAUCUAGUCAGGAAUGUUGUGCAUAAACUGCUACAGUAUUUCUGGGGAGACCUUGUCUCUUAAGAUAAGAUGAAUGUUGUCUCAGUAUUGUUAGUUGUCACAUAUUAAAAACACUUUGAUAUUUUGUUAA